AUGCUGGAAGCAAGUAACAUCGAGCCAAUUAUGGGUGCCCGCAAGGCAUAUUUCGAAGAUCUCCGAAAGAAUCAUAUCCCUCAAUUCAUAUUUCGCACUUGGAGCAGCAAAAGCGGUGGAGGGCCAGAACACGCAUCUAACAGUGUCAAGGAGAUCAUCCCGCACGGCUUCAUGAAGCAAACCUCUGGAAGCGGGUUCUACGAAAAGCCAGAAAACGAGCUUCGAGCGAUGGUGCGAGACCAUUUCCACACCGAAUCCAUUUUCACCUCCGAUUUCAGCUCAUGGACCGGAUCACUUCACCUAGCUCUUUGCUAUGCUGAAUCUAUAGACGAAGAACACGAUCCCCACGUCGCUAUCAUGGACAAACAUGGACUAGAUGAGAUGUCUUCGUCUGGCAUGUUCCGCACCUGCAUUGGAUACAAGGCCGUAUCGUACAAGACCCUGAUGUCAGCUGGUCUGGCACAGAUACUUCCCGAGCUAUUGGAGAAUGACCUCACUGACUGGGGCAUGAGCUUACGCGACCAGAUGUUCAACGGGCCCUCAAUUCUGUUUCCAAUGGACAACAUUGAGCAAUCUGACGAGAUGAAGCAGGUACGAGCAAUCGCAUACCUUCACGGCCAUCUUUACGUUCCAUUAGCGACUAGUUCGAUAUGUCCUCGGCCCCGAUCUUGGUUACGCUCGCGAGCUGAGGGCAAGGCUACAUUAGACAAGAUCGCGAAUCUGUUUGCGAACACGAAGCCGUUUGGACCAAGCUCCUCCGAGCUACCUGUGAACGCGCGGAUCAUUGAGUAG